AUGGCAUGGAAACAUGUCUUAUUCAGCAUUUCUAUGAUCAGGAUGGCAGGUGAUACAAACAACCGAGAUCCAAAGCAAUACCGAAUAAGAAUGAGAGGGAUUGAUGCACCGGAGCUGAACAUGGAAUAUGGGAAGAAGUCAAAGAAAGGGUUGGUGAAGCUUAUUGGAGAGAAAUGCGUUGAGAUUCAUGUGUAUGGGAUGGACCACUUUGAUCGAUAUAUUGGCGACAUCUACUGUGACGGCGUCUUUAUCCAAGAACAAAUGCUGAAAAGGGGCUUGGCCUGGCACUUCAAAAAAUAUGACAAACGUCCUGAAUUCGCACAAUGGGAGAGAGAAGCAAAAAUGGCACGUGUAGGGCUUUGGAUAUCAGAUAAUCCUCAGACACCAUGGGACUGGAGGAGGGAUCAUCCCAUGAACAAAAAAAAGGAGAAUGCAGAUGACAUUCAGGGUCCUACUCCUGCAGUAGGUGAUGUGAAGGUCGGGGGAGGCGUGUCGAUGACCGACAAGAACAUGAACACGAACUACGCCGCCCUGGCGGGCGCGGUCGCUGGCCUAAGCGCCCUAGGAGCGGGACUCUACCUCAUGUCCAAGCCUAAGAAGACGGAAGAGGUUGUUGACGACUGA